GGAGUGUGUUUAUGGGAAUUUUUGAACAUUCUUCCAGAAGCACAUUGGUGAGGUCAGACACUGAUGUUGGACAAGAAGACCUGUCUCGCAGUCUCCGCUCUAAUUUAUUCCAAAGGUGUUCUGUAGGGAUGAGGUCAGGACUCAUCAGGCCAGUCAAGUUCUUCCACAUCAAACUCGCUGAUCAAAGUCCUUAUGGAUGUUGCUUUGUGCACUAGUGUGCAGAUAUGUUGGAACAGGAAGGGGGCAUUAUGUUCCCACAAAUUUGGUAGGAUGAAAUUGUCCAAAUGUGCUGUUAUACUGAACCAUUAAGAAAAUCCUUUCACUGGAACUAAGGGGCUGAGCCCAAGUGAAAAAAAAACCCCACACCAGUUCCAACAUGACCAGUGCACAAACAAGAUACAAAAAAGAAAAUUGGCAAAGGUCAUAACUAUGGAUUUAAAAAAAAAACAUACCAAUUGAAGGCUGUGCUUAACUGAUUCUUAAAUUCUCACUCCCCACCCUUUUUUCCCAAGAUAAAAAUAAACCCAUCACUAAAACCUGACUUUAUUCUGAGCCACAGAAGAUCUGCACGGGGUGAAUUCCACACUGAAGAGUAAAAAGUCAUGGCUGUCCAAAAUCAGGCUACCAGAGCAAAGGGCUCAACUUCCAGAUCAGGCGCCUGGAGCUCAGAACUCUUUGACUGCUCCUCUGACAUGGAAAAUUGUUUCUGUGGCCUGUGUUGUUUGCCGUGUUUGCAGUGCAAGACUGUUUCUGAUUUUGGUUGGUGUUUCUGUAUGCCCCUGCUGGACUGUUUUCUCACUGUCUCCUGCUGCUUUCGCACCAAAAUGAGGGAGCGCUAUAACAUUGACGGCUCUGUCAUGGGAGACUGUCUUACUGUGCUUUGCUGUUACCCUUGUGCCUGGUGUCAGAUGUCACGCGAGUUGAAGACCCGUGGUUAACAGAUUGUUCGAGAAAUUGUCCUUUUGCUUUUUAAAGUUUUAACAUUUCAAAAGAUAUAUGCAUGCAACUGAAAAAAAUACUUGUGACUUAAAACAGUAAAUCAGUAUAUAGCACAGUUUCUUUAUCAUUUAACAUAAACAUCACUCACUAUAACUCUGUUCCAAAUAUCAUUUUAAGUAGUAUUAGCCUAUAUUUGAAAAAAAUGACAUCUAAAAAUGUCAUUAAACUUGUACCGUAGCUCACAGUAUCUUUUUGUUGGGUUUAAUGAGUGUGGGUUUGCAUGUCACUCUUAACAAUAAAUAAAGCAAAUAAAUCAUCAGAA